AUGCAUGGUAAACCUUUUAAUUAUGGCAUCCUUCUUAUUCAACAUUGUCAAUCUCAGUCUGAAAAAAAACCAAAAGGUUUUCCAAAACAAUUUGUUGCUAUAUUAAAUCAAACAUCUUAUUUACAGUGGCAAGAUUCUGGUGCACCAGAACAGUUAGUUUAUGAUCUUGUUAAUCAGCGUGCACGAUUUGAUAUAAAAGGCUGGAGAGCUAAACAAAAUGAAACAUAUAUAAUACAAUAUAAACCAAAUGGAGCUGAACAUGGAUCAGGUAACUGUUGGUAUAAUACUCCCCCAAUAAAAGAUUUUGGUGCAUUUCCAUCUACAUGGAUAACUGCUGACGGCGAUAUUGAUAUGAAACCAUGGUUUCCAUUACCCGAUAAUUUAGUUUAUAAUGGUGUUGAAUGGAUUCCAGAGUUACAAAUUAAUGCACUUAGAUAUGAUUCAUCUGAUAUCUGUGAUCUAAAAACAAGUAGUAUUGGUAAAGUACCAUGUUUAAGUUAUUUUGAAACCAAUGAUGGUACACCAGUUAAAACAUUAAAAGCAAGAGCGGCCACUGGCGUUUAUGAUAGUGAUGAAUAUAGAUCGGUCAUUUACUUAUCAUUUAUAAAUGGCAUACCAUCAGAAGUUGAAGCACUGUUUAAUUUACCUGCACAAUGGUCAUCAGUAUGUGGCAAUGUUAAUAACGGUAGUUUUUUAUUUUAUUUUAUUAGUUGUAUAUCUUUUACUAGUAUUUUUUUCUAUGGCUUAGGUUACUCACAAUCACCUGUACGUGGUUUUGUUGUUACACCAGAUGGUGGUCUUGAUAAUUUUACGUUGACAUUACAAACACCGCCUGUUCAUUCACUGGGUGAUGAAGUAACAAUCAAUUUUAGACCAAAACCAAACUGGUAUUACAAUGGUACAGAAUGUGCAAAGUUUACAGUUAAUGGCAAUCCAAACAUUGUUUUUACAAAAGAGAAUUGGAAUAAACCACAACGUGUUGAUAUGAAAUUUUCAGGAUAUGGUUGUUGCACAUAUGAAAUUGAAGGUAUAGGUGGUAGUUAUGAAUGGCAAUAUCAAGAGCAAACAUUUGUUGUUUAUGGUUGUGAUGGCAUUGGAGGAUAUGGAUGUAAUGGAAAACAACCAUGUGGUGCUUAA